AUGAACAAGAUCGCAAUCAAGACGCUUGACGAAUUGGGUGACCGAGAGCCGGCCUACGCGCUAGUCGGCGACGUCGAUCUCUGCGUCGUGCGCUACGACGACAACGUGUCGGUCUUCUACGGCCGCUGCCUGCACCGGGGCGCGCUCAUGGCCGACGGCCAUGUCGACGGCGAGAACCUGAUCUGCGGCGUCCACUACUGGGACUACCGCCUCGAUACCGGCGUCAGCGAAUACAAUAACGAAGAAGUCCUGCCCAAGUUCACCUCGUGGACUGAGGACGGCCAGGUUUUGGUCGAUGCGGACGAGAUCGGCGCUUGGGGGCAGGACCACCCGCAGCCCUUCAAUCGGGAUGAAUAUCAAGGCCUCUACGCCGACACCCACCCCGCGCCCGAAGAGCCCCAUGUGGGGCUCAUCCAGGGCUAUGCCAGGGACGGGCUCAGCAAGACCGGCCACCACGGCGUCGUCGUGGCCAUGGGCGUGCCGCGUCAGGAUCUGCCGAGCUGGGACGACAUCCAGUUCAUCACGGCGCAACUUCACCGCAUGCCGCACUUCGAUGACGAGGCCGUCGGCACCGAGGUGGUGAUCGGCCCCAACGCCCAAAAACCGCUCACGCUCGACAUUCCGCUCCUGGUCUCGGACAUGAGCUUCGGCGCGCUCUCGGAGCCCGCCAAGGUCUCGCUCGCGCGCGGAGCGGAGCUCUCCGGCACCGGCAUCUGCUCGGGCGAGGGCGGCAUGCUGCCGGAGGAGCAGCAGGCCUGCAGCCGCUACUUCUACGAGUAUGCCUCCGGGCGCUUCGGCUUCUCCUGGGACAAGCUCGAACACGUGCAGGCCUUCCACUUCAAGGGCGGCCAGGGUGCCAAGACCGGCACCGGCGGGCACCUGCCGGGCGACAAGGUAAGGGGCAAGAUCGCAGAGGUGCGCGGGCUUCCGGAAGGCUCGCCCGCAGUCUCGCCACCGCGCUUCCCGGACUGGACGGACUGGCGCCAGGUGAGAGAUUUCGCCGACGAGCAUAUCGAGAAGGAUAUCGACGCCGCGCUCGAGGUGGGCGUCGACUACAUCAUCCUGGAUGGGCGCGGCGGCGGCACAGGUGCUGCGCCGCUCAUCUUCCGCGACAACAUCUCGGUGCCGACCAUUCCGGCGCUGGCGCGCGCGCGCCGCCACCUCGACGCGUCGGACCGCCAGGACGUGACGCUGAUGAUCACCGGGGGCCUGCGCAAGCCCGCCGACUUCGCCAAGGCGCUGGCGCUCGGCGCGGAUGCGGUCGCGAAGCCGCAUCUCACCGCGCGGAUCGAGAUCGAGAAGUCUGCGCGCCGCCUCGCCAACUUCUUCGAGGCGAGCGUCGAGCUAAUGAAGAUCAUGGCGCGCGCCUGCGGUCAUUCGCACCUGAACAAGCUCGCGCUCGACGACCUCGUGACCUGGAAAGAGGAUAUGGCGCGGCUUGCGGGCGUCGCCUACGGCGGGAUCGGCGGCUAG